AUGAAGUCCAGCGAGCAGGGAACUUCAGCCGAUGGCUGCCUUCUUGACAAAGCGGCAGAGGCCGCAUCCACCACAUACGUGCCCAUUGCAGUGUGUGGCAUGGCCCUGCGUGUUCCUGGCGGCGUUCGACAUCCCAACGAGCUGUGGGACAUGUUGACCAGCAAAGGCGAGGGCCGAAACGUGAUCCCUUCAGACCGCUUCAGUGUGGAAGGCUACUACUCGGAGCACCAGCCCAAGCAAGGGACUAUCAAUUUCAAGCAUGGUUAUUUCCUGGAGGACGGUCUGCAACACUUUGAUGCCAGUUUUUUCUCGAUGUCUCGCCGAGAGGUCGAGCGGCUGGAUCCACAGCAGCGCUUAUUGCUGGAAGUGGUUCAUGAGUGUAUGGAGUCAGCUGGCGAGGUUGGGUGGCGCGGGAAGAAUAUCGGCUGCAUGGUAGGGAGUUUCGGUCAAGACUGGUCGGAGCUGUCACAGAGCGACAAGCUUGCAAGUGGUCUCUACACCAUCACAGGCCAAGGCGACUUCCUACUGGCGAACAGAGUGUCGUUUGAAUACGAUCUCAAAGGCCCAAGCCUCACAGUCAAGACAGCGUGUUCGUCUGCUGCUAUUGCAUUCCAUCUGGCUUGCACCGCUCUGGCUCGGGGAGAGUGCGAAGGGGUCAUUGUCGGCGGCACAAGCGUCUUUACUGCCCCAGGUGCUUCGGUAGCGAUGACGGAGCAGGGUCUCGUAUCGCCCGAGGGCCGCAGCAAACCCUUUGACGCUUCAGCAGAUGGGUACGCACGUGCCGAAGCUGUCAAUUCUGUCUACCUGAAGAGACUUGAUGAUGCUCUGAGAGAUGGUACGCCGGUGAGAGCAGUUGUCAGAGGCAGCGCACUCAAUAGUGAUGGCAAAAGCGCCAGUCUUGCAAGCCCGAGCGCCGAGGCACAUGAGCUGCUUAUCCGCAAAGCGUACGCGGCUGCUGGCCUGGAGGAGGCUGAUGCUCCGUACGUCGAAUGCCACGGAACAGGGACAAAGGUCGGAGACCCUCUUGAGACAGCCGCCAUUUCAAGCGUAUUUGGCAACAGGGGCACAUAUUUGGGCUCGGAGCCCACACCCUGGCCUAAAGAUCGUCCCGAAAGGGCGAGCAUUAAUUCCUUCGGUCUGGGUGGAGCGAACGCGCAUGUCAUCCUUGACUCUGCUUCCUCGUUUACGAGGCCUUCUAAUAAAUCCGAUGGAUACAGCAAUGGCAGGACCAACGGGCACAGAGCGACAGUUGCCAUCCAGAAUACUUCAUGCGACGCCAACCUACUUGUUCUAUCCGCCAACAGGCCAGAAUCACUAGAGAAGAUGGUACAGAAUAUCCGGAAAUAUGCCGAGGAUCAUUCAGGCUCAGUUUCCGACCUCGCUAAGAAUAGAUCAGACCAGAUGAACUUUCCCAGUGUCAAGACGGCAUCGCCUUCUCCUGUGUCUUUUGUCUUCACAGGACAGGGGGCCCAGUGGCCACAGAUGGGCAAGGCGCUCUUUACGGAGUACCUUACUUUCGCCAAUAGGAUCGAUGAUCUUGACAUUGUCCUUGAAAAGAUUCAGUCCCAAGGUUCUAAAUGGAGCAUGAGAGAGCGAAUCUUUGCGCCUGCUUCAGAAAGCCGCAUUGACGAGGCGGAAUUCUCUCAGCCUGUGUGCACAGCCGUCCAGAUCGGUCUUGUCGACCUAUGGCGCGAAUUCGGCGUGGUGCCAGACAGCGUAGUCGGCCACUCCAGCGGUGAAAUAGCUGCAGCAUACGCGGCAGGUGCAAUAUCCGCCGAGAGUGCGAUCAAAAUUGCCUACUAUCGAGGUCGGCUCUCCAAAUUUGCCAGGAAAGACGGUGCCAUGUUGGCUGUUGGACUCGGCCCUGAAGCAGUUACACCAUUCCUCGUGGACGGAGCAGUGGUCGCUUGUGAGAACAGCAGCGCUAGCGUAACAGUCUCGGGUGAUGAGGCAGCUGUUGACGAGGUUGCGGCUGCGAUUCGCACUCAUCAUCCUGAUAUUCUGGUUCGGCGAUUGCGUGUGCAACAGGCAUAUCACUCACUCCGUUUUGACACAGCAGUGCGCAGUCUUCUACAACACAUGAGCGAAGCAGACGACGGCCACUCACGCAUCAUGCUCGAGAUUGGGCCACACAGUGCUCUCGCCGGCCCAUUGAGACAAAUAUUCCGCGACACAAACAGCAAGCUACUUUAUGCGUCCACCCUUGUGCGCCACCGCAAUGGGAAAGAGAGCCUCCUCGAAGCGGUAGGCCAACUUUGGGUGCGCUCCGUGCAGGUCAACCUCUCUACGCUGUUCCCCGCAGGAGGCAAAGUGCUGACGGAUCUACCUCCUUAUCCUUGGUACCAUGAACAGCCUUUCUGGGAAGAGAACAGAAUAGCGCAGCAAUGGCGUUUCCGAAAGGAGUUGCCACAUGAGAUCCUUGGUUCACCCAUCCUCGAAUGGAAUGACAUGGAGCCCACGUGGAGGAAUAUUCUGAGCGUGGAAGAUAUUCCUUGGUUGAGCGACCACAAAAUCGGCAAGGACAUCGUCUUUCCUGCUGCAGGAUACAUAGCCAUGGUUGGCGAGGCCCUUCGUCAGAUUGGAGGCGGGCCAGCAUAUUCUUUGCGGCACGUUGUUGUCGGAAAUGCCAUGGUCCUCAGCUCUAGGGUUGAGGUGAUGACUGUGCUGAGAAAAGCACAGCUAACCACUUCCCAAAGAAGCGACUGGUAUGACUUCAGCAUCAGUUCGUACAGCGGGUCAUCGUGGAUUAGGAAUUGCUGGGGUCAAGUGCUUGCCGGACGUUCGACUGGGAUACCGAAGCCCGAACUCUCGUGCCUAAGUGAGGAUAUGCCCACCACGGUGGACUCAAGGCGAUGGUAUCAAACCAUGUCCAAAGUGGGCCUCAACUACACUGGCCCUUUUAGGGCCCUGGAAGACAUCCGCUCUCAUCCUCAGUCACACGCAGCCUAUGGCACGAUUCAUGACCACGUCGAAGUUGGGGAACCACGGUACCAGCUACAUCCAUCCACAAUGGACAACGUCUUUCAGCUGCUCACUGUUGCUUCAGCGCAUGGCCAACCUCGAUUAUUCAAGACCCUCGCUGUACCAACUUUCAUUGAACACAUCUAUGUCAAUGGUCAAGGCAAAGGCAUGGAUGUGAAUGCACGGGUAACGGUCGAGCCAACCAGUGCGGGCGGCAUGCUCGGCAACGGCAUUGGAUAUCUCAAAAGUGCUGGAAGCAGCGUCCCAGCCGUCACAUUUGAGGUUUCAGGACUCAAGGCAUCACCCGUUGAUGUCGGAGGAAUCCUGGAUCCUGACCCUCAUGCCGCAGUACAAUUGGAAUGGCAGCCUCUCUUUGACUACGUUGACGCCGGAAAGCUCAUGCGUACGACGAAGAAAUUCACGGAUGAGAUCACUGAGUUGGAGAAGCUAUUCGUUCUAUCUGCUGUUGACACAAUCGAAAAGUUGGAGGCUGUUCACGAGGCUGCUCACCCUCACCUGUGCAAGUUCCAAAGUUGGCUGCGUGACUUCGUCAGUCAGGUCCGAAACAACGGGAGCCAUAUAUUUGGCAAUGCAGGAGCUCUCACACAGAUUACUGCUGGCGAGCGUGAGAACAAGAUACAAGCCCUCUACAGCAGUCUUCUCAGCACAGAGAUGAGAAAUUACGCAAUCGCAGUCAACAUGAAUCGCCUUUCUGCAGUGGAAGUCUUUCAGGGCACUGCCGAGCCACUUGACAUCCUCAUGAAGGACAACAAUCUUCACAAGAUCUACGACUUCUUGUGUUUCUGGGACUACAAUGACUUUCUUCAACUCCUGGGACAUAACAAGCCCACUCUCAGAGUUCUCGAGAUUGGCGCCGGGACUGGAGGUACAACAGGCACCAUAUUGAGUGGUCUACAGUCCAAGUAUGGCGAGCGUCUGUAUUCCAGGUACACCUAUACCGACAUCUCCCCGGGCUUCUUCUCCGCGGCGCAGCAGCGAUUCCGCGACAAUGAGGGCAUCGAAUAUAAAGUCCUAGAUAUUUCCAAAAAUCCAAUCGAGCAGGGAUUCGAGGCAGGCAGCUACGACCUUAUUCUCGCUGCUAACGUCCUACAUGCCACUCCAAACCUCGGCGAGACGCUAGUUAACGUGCGAAAGCUUCUGAACCCGCAUGGAGGGAGGCUCCUGCUGCAAGAACUAAAUCCCAUUGCGAAGUGCGUCAACUUCAUAUUCGGCAUGCUUCCUGGGUGGUGGCUUGGCGCUGAAGAUGGGCGCCUUGUCGAGCCGUACAUUUCGCCGGACCGCUGGGAUCGCGAAUUACAAGCCGCGGGGUUCAAGGGAGCAGAUGCGGCGGUGUACGAUCACGAAGCACCCUUCCAUAUAAAUGCCACCAUUGUUGCUUCGGCCGACCCAUCAUGGACCGGAGAGAGGCUUUUAACGAUCGGGCAGUUGGCUGCGAAGCCGACCGUUACUUUUAUCAAUUCUGGAGGCGACAUUGAUCCCAUACAGAAGCUCUAUGCACAAGAAUUCGAAGCACGUCAGUUCAGAGUUCAGUGGCGGACUUUCGCGGAUACACCAUCUCCUGAUCAAAGCAUUGUUGUGACGGUUGACCUGAAGACACCUUACCUGGACUCAAUCAGCGAACGGUAUUUCAAAGAGCUCAUUGCCUGGGUUGCGGCUCUACAGCCGGGGCAGCGGGUGCUCUGGCUAACUCGGUGUACGCAAAUGGGGCGUGGCAACGAUCCUCGCUUCGCUACUAUACUUGGUCUGGCGCGCAACAUUCGCUCUGAGAUGUCCGUUGCUUUCACCACAAUCGAGAUCGAUAAGCCGGAGGAUGUCUUGGCUCGUGAGAUUGUGCCCCGAAUUUUCAGUGACUUCCACACCCCACGAGGAGGCACGGUCGCGACAGAGCCGGACCACGAGUUUGUAAUCUCCGACGGCGUACCCCAUAUUGGUCGCUUCCAUUGGAUAUCUGUGAAUGAAGAACUUCGAAAGACUCAAGAAGGGGCCUCAACCAAGAUCAAUGGUGCCGCCAGCGACGCGGACAACAGCACCACGCGGCUACACAUUGGAACGCCAGGACUUCUUCAAACGCUCCACUAUGAGAACAUGCAGCUGCCGCCACUAAAGCCAGACGAAAUCCUCAUCAAAGUCAGAGCCACUGGCCUGAACUUUAAGGACCUGUUGAUUGCUAUGGGGAUCGUCGACACACCGGCACUAGGACCAGAUGCUGCAGCCAUUGGCAUCGAGACGGCGGGCAUAGUCCAGGAUGUCGGUAGCUCCGUGACCAACUUCCGACCCGGCCAACGGGUCAUGGCAGUCUCAAUUCACUGCUUCGCUUCCCACGUCGUGACGAGGCAAGCUACAUGUGUCGCCAUUCCUGACGAGCUAGACUUCGUUAAGGCAGCUACCAUGCCCUGUGUCUAUGCUACAGUCAUCCGCGCUCUCAUAGAUAUUGGGCGAAUGGAGAAAGAGCAGACAGUGUUGAUUCAUUCCGCGUGUGGUGGUGUUGGCAUAGCGGCUAUUCAGCUGUGCAAAAUGGUUGGAGCUAGAGUUUUGGCCACGGUUGGCUCAGUGGAGAAGAGGAAGUAUCUAACAGAGACUUUUGGCAUCCCCGCCACGGACAUCUUCGAUUCCCGCGGCCCGUCUUUCUUUCCAGAUGUAAUGCAAGCCACAAAUGGUCGCGGUGUUGAUCUGUGCCUGAACUCACUUUCCGGUGAGCUGCUACACUACUCAUGGCAGUGCGUAGCUGAGUUUGGCAUGCUCUUGGAGAUUGGCAAGCGUGAUUUGGUAGGGAGGGGGAAAUUGUCUCUGCUCCCGUUCGAAGAUAACCGCAGUUAUGCCGGCAUCGACUUGUCACAUAUUUUCGUGGAGAAGCCCCAUCUCUGGGAGUCUCUACUAACGAGGAUUGUUGACUUCUUUCGCAACGGCCACAUCAAGCCAAUCUCUCCUGUCACCGUGUUUGCUGCCCGGGACUAUCAGGACAUGUUUAGAUUCAUGCAGAAAGGCAGCCAUAUUGGCAAGAUAGUUCUCGAAAUGACUGAAAAUCCCGAAAGCCUUCUCGACCUGACUGUACACACGGCUAGCCGGAUUCACUUCAGGCCUGAAGCAUCCUAUCUCGUGACAGGAGGUCUCGGUGGUUUAGGGAAGUCAACAGCGCGGUGGAUGGUUGACAAAGGCGCCAAGAACUUGAUAUUCUUAUCACGACGAGGGAUGACACCGUCGACUGUGAAAUUUCUCGCCGAACUUGAAGCCUCUGGAUGUUCACCAGUGCUCAUCACAGGCUCGGUCGAGGACGAUGCGGUAGUGAGACUCGCAGUCAAGGAGGCGAAGUUUCCAAUUGCCGGAGUCAUACAUGGCGCCAUGGUUUUGAAAGAUCAUGCCACUAGAAACAUGCCAUACAGCGAUUGGCAGACCGUCAUAGGACCUCGUGUGACUGGCGUCUGGAACUUACACCACGCGCUAGAAAGCGUCCAGUUGGAUUUCUUUAUACUGCUCGGCUCAUUCAGUGGAAUGGUUGGUCAGCCUGGUCAGGCCAAUUACGCGGCCUCGAACACCUUCUUAAACUCUUUUGUCCAGUACCGACACGGUCUCGGGUUGCCCGCAUCAGCGCUCGAAAUGGGACCUAUCUCUGAUGUCGGAUACGUGGCCGAGUCGCCAGCCAUCUUAGAGAGCAUGAAGGCGAUGAGCACGUACGCAAUAAGCGAGCAGGAGUAUCUAGAUGCACUUCAGCUGGCAAUAUUGCGCUCUCCAGCCCUUCCAUUCGAUACGGAUAAAGCCUUCACCAAUCCAUCAGUCAUUGGCGUAGGCCUGCGCUCAACAACCCCUCUAGACGACCUUGGGAAUCGACUGGUCUGGCGCCGUGAUAUUCGUCUUAGCAUUUACAGGAAUCUAGAGGAGGUUGGGAGCUCAGCCAGUGCCGUAUCAGGAUCACGAAAUGAUGCGAUAAAGCACCUUUUGUCGCCUGAACAUGUUUCAGAUCACAUGACCAUUAGCAAGCUUGCCCUAGAAAUCGGACGAACACUAUGUGGCUUCCUCAUGCAGCAGGAAGAGGAUAUUGCCCUCGAUAAGCCACUCAGCGGUCUGGGGGUCGACUCACUCGUCGCAAUCGAAUUGCGGAACUGGUGCCGCCAGCACUUAAGCCUGGAAGUUAGCGUGCUGGAGAUCAUGCAAUCAAACUUAGAGACUCUGGCUCGCCUAGCGGUCGAGAAUUUGUGUAACAAGAUAAACGCCAACUCAGGGGCCAAUGGCGGCGGUGCAAACGGCACGUUGCCGGAGGAGCGUGACAGAUACGACCAAAUUUUGGAAGUGAAGGUUCCAUAG